CACAACUUAUUGUCGCACGGUUGCUCCCAACCUAAGCAUUAACUGCUGCAACAAGCGCCCCCAGAACCUGUUGGCGCAUUCUGCACUAUUGCCUGUGUUUGGGUGCACGACCCUUCCCAAUUGCAGGGCCAUUCCGCUCUUUUUUCCCCCUGUUUUCCGUUCUCCUAGUUCUCCAAGUCGUGUCACGCUCGGGACUACACAGUCUACGCUCACCAUCUCCGAGCUUAACGCAAAGGGCAGUCACUGGUUUAAUAGCAGAACGGAAAGCCAUGCCUAAGAGUCGCUGCAAGAUUUGCCGAGGCGCUGUCUGUUCCCCGUCGAGGUCACCAACUAGGAAUCCGGGUCCUUCAACGUCGGGGAAACAGGCACUAUACUGGCCUCCUCAGCCGCAGGAAGUUGAUCCUGCGUUCAUCGUUUCAUACCAGAAGCAAGAGUUUCAGGACCGGGACACCAUACGGUCCGUCCUCAUGGAGGGCCGGUCACUGCAGUAUGAAGCGUACGGCCGACCCCAGUGUCGCGGCAUAGCGCCAAUGGCACCAAUGGGGUCCCGAGUGACACCUGUGCGGCCUCCUCAACUUCCGUUUUCGGUGGGAUCCGCCUGCAGCCCCCUCCCAUCCUCCGCCCCCAUCCCCCCUGUUCAGCUGGUACCGGCAGCCCCAAUGACACAGGGUGGAUGGCCUUAUCAUAUUGAAUCUUCAGCUCGGCGAAAUUCUGUUACCGAGCCAACUCCGACCACCAGUGGUCGGGGGAUCCAACCCGAUGGUGCCAUAGGCACGCAUUUCUCUGCGAGGCAAGCACCGGCACGUUAGGGCUAGGCCACCAACCAUUGGGCAAGAGGGCCUUUCUUCCUGACCAAUGAUGCUCCCGUGUUAGUCAUCACACAUUCCGCCGUUGUGCUCUCUCGCAUAUUCCGCUUCGCUUUCUAGCUUGUAUUCUAUGAGAUCCUGUUUGGUGCCUCCGAUGAUUAAUCUGCUUGUAUGCAUCGAAAACCUACCUGUCUACCCAAUUUUACUCUU